UGGAAUGACAACGAAAUGUACUUGUUCCGGUCAUCUGUGGCAUAUGCCAUGAGAAAGUAUUUUUUAAAAGAGAGAAAUGAGACCAUUCCUUUUGGGGAAGAGAACGUGUGGGUGAGUGACAAGAAACCAAGAAUCUCCUUCAAGUUCUUUGUCACGUCACCUAACAAUGUGUCUGACAUCAUCCCUAGAACUGAAGUUGAAAAUGCCAUCAGGUUGUCCCGGAGCCGUAUCAAUGAUGCCUUCCAGCUGGAUGACAACAGCCUGGAGUUUCUGGGGAUUCAGCCGACGCUGGGACCCCCUUACGAGCCACCUGUCACCAUAUGGCUGAUUAUCUUUGGGGUCGUGAUGGGAGUGGUAGUGAUUGGUAUUGUUGUGCUCAUCUUCACUGGGAUCAGAGAUCGAAGGAAGAAAAAUCAAGCAAGCAGUGAAGAAAAUCCUUAUGGCUCUGUGGACUUGAAUAAAGGAGAAAAUAAUUCAGGAUUCCAAAAUACUGAUGAUGUUCAGACUUCGCUUUAGAAAAAUCUUUUUUAUUUCCUCUUGAGAUGAUUUUGUUGUAUGUAAAUAUUAAUUUCACAGUACAGAACAUAGGCAAUGAUAAGAAUGUCAUUAAAUGUCAAAGCUCUGGCUCUGUUCAGGAAAAGCUGUCCAAAGAAGGCAUGCCUGGGAAGAGGGCAUUUUCCCUUGCAUCACUUUUAGACUUGUUUCUGCCUCAGGACUUGACUUCUGUUUCCUUAAAGAGAUGUUUCUGUUUGAGAAUAGAGACAGUAUGCCUUUGGCCUCACAGGCUGUUCAGGGGUAAUGGAAAUGGAGAUUUCUGUUGUGUUGCUGGAGAUGGCAAAAAAGGAUACAUGGCAGGGGCAAGCGUGUGGAAUCUGGACCGAUGGCUCUUAAGGACGUGCCUGUGAAUGGAUGGAGCUGCGAGGUGGAGCGCAGCAUGCACUGUUCACUUGGGUUUAAUUCAAGUGUAAAGGAGGACAUGCUCUCUUCACGUUAACUUAAUCUAAGCACUCUAGUGAUUCCCCCCAGUCAUGAUUGGACCAGAACAUGCCUUCUUCAGAGUGACAGGGCUACAGAAGAGAGAAGAAUCCAGAGAGCCGUCUGAGGACAUUGCCUUUUUACUUUCAAGCUGCUUGGCCACCGUCUUUCUGACAACAUCACACUAGCCCCAGGGCCCUCCCUGAACCCCCUUCUGAGCUCCCAUGAUAGAAAUUUGCUUCCGUUGCUUUCUAACUGUGAAGUGCAUGGGGACCCCAACUGCAUGUCACUUCUGAAGUGCGCUCCCAAUCUCUUGAAUCUUCUGUAUUUGCCCAUAAUGUUUGAGUAGUGCUGAGCACAAAGCUCACAAAGACAAUAAAUAUUUGAUUUACACAC